AUGGCUUGCAGCACACCUUCACAUCCGGAGCCACUCUAUCGCUUUGCAAAUGCUUCACGGCUGCUAUACGCCCCAUCUACAUCACCUGAACCCGUCAUGACGCAUGUGCAAUCACCAAGCUGGUUUGUUAUCAGAUCGAAAGCAACCGCAGACAUCGGCUAUGACGCCCUCGUUCCUACAGUCAUCUUCACCGCCCUCGCUUUAGUAAUGGUCAUUCUGCGGUUAUGCAGCCGAACUUGUUCGAAUCCAAGUAGAAUCGGAUUAGAGGACUACUUCAUCACAGCUGCUCUGCUGCUGUCGAUAGGCUUCACGGCAGUCAUUGGGCAAGGUAUAGAGGUUAGCAUCGACAUUGCAGAUCUUGGAGAAGACGCCACAUACCCCGCAUUGCUACCUGCUAUGCUCAAACUCGUGUUGGCUCAAGCCAUUCUCUAUCAUCUAGCGAGCAAUCUUGUCAAAGCGUCCCUCAUACUACAAUACAUUCGCCUCUUUUCGCUUGUCCCACACGUUUUGUGGAGUUGCUACAUUCUUCUCAUCCUUGUAUUCAGCGCUACAGCCUGGGGCGCGUUGGGUAACAUUUUCCUUUGCCGCCCAAUUAGAAGUUACUGGGAUGUCACAAUAUCUGGAGUCUGCAUGAACAAGGAGCGGCACUUUUGGUCAACCAGCAUCAUUGGUAUUGUAGUCGAUGUCGCAGUUUGGACGUUGCCUCUUCCAGUCGUCGGCCGACUAAGUCUUCCGAAGCGGCAAAAGACUGGUCUAUUGGUCGUAUUUGGAUUGGGCGGAUUUGUGUGCAUCAUAACAAUUCUACGCCUUGCUCUUGUCCGCUAUGCCAUGGUCAAUGGGCAAGUUACAAGGUGCGGCACUUUUGCAAUCGUCUUCUCGUCCAUCGAGAUCAAUGUUGCAAUCAUCUGUGCAUCGCUGCUCGUGAUGAAACCUUUGCUUGCACGCUUUAUACCAUGUAUCAUUUCCGAGCAGCCCCUGUCUGCGGCAGAGGAUGGGCGGGCUUCGAGGGCUUUAACAAGCACACACAUGCUGCGAACCAGUAUUGCGGACGCAACAGAGAAAAGGGAGUGUCGCGAGCGGAACGACACCUUGGUUGAGAUGAAUGGGUCUUCAGAAUAA